UCCGCAGGCGCUGCUCCCCAGACUGACACACAGAAUGUGGGCCAUUUAGAUAUAAUUACGAAACACUCCGACAUUUGUUUAUUUUAAAUUUCGUAUCGCGUCCAACUACACGGAAAUAAAUACUCAGGCAGCGGAAGCCUUGCUGGUAAUGAUGGAGGUUGCUUCCACAAAACCUCAGGAGGAGUAUGAGGACGAUUUUGAAAAGGAUCUGGACUGGCUGAUCAGUGAGGAUGGUGGCAGCGAGGACCAGGGUUCUGAUGAAAGCGUAGAGGCAGAAAUCGACAAGGAGUUGGAGAAAGAUGAGAAAAAACAAGGAAGGAAAAGAAACCAGAAGAGAGGCCAUAAAACAGACCAUUUGGAGGAAGAAGAAGAAGAAGAGAGAUGGCCCUCUCCAAUGGAGCCAUUAGAGUACGACUCGGACCGAGACAGCCCAAGUAAAUCCCCUCCUGUAGUACCACCUCCUCUGGAGACGGGUGACCAAACAGACGAGGAAAAGAAGUACAAAUUGGAUAAGAUCCGACAGGCUAACAGAGAGCUACAGCAGCAGGAAACUCCAGACUUGACAAGACAGAGGCGACUUCAUUUUAAAGAGGCGCUGGUGGACCUGGCGGUGUCUCCACUCCAGCUGGAGACAGAAGCCAAAGAUGACGUGGCAGAAGAAGAGAAGGGCACCAAAGACAGAGUGAAGGUCGCAGAUGCAGACAGCGAGGUGUCAGGGAAGAUGUCAGAGCUGAAACUUUCCCCUCGUGUGGAGGGCAAGAAACAAAAAAGACUCAUCAGCGAGGAAGAUCCAGAAUCAAAAGACAACAAAGUGCUCGUGGAAAAGGACGGGAAGUUUGACCUCGUCAGCAUGGCUGAGGUGGAGAGUCAGAGCGUCCUCCCUCCUAUAGCGAGCAGCUUCAGCGACCGUUUGCGAACGUCGCCGCGUCUCCAGCAGCAGGCCGGAAAGAUCCACAGCUCCUCUUCUUCUCAUCAACUUCCCAUCGGCUCGUCUUCCUUCCACCUGGGCGUCGAUCACCUCCGAGCACCCAGACCCCCAGCACAGCYCAGGCUCAGACCCAGUUCAGCCAGCCACAGCCAGAGAGACAACCAGAGGAGGAACAGCAAGCGACGGGUGCAGUCUGCUACAGGAACCCCCUGCCAAGYCACCUACAGCCUCUCCCCGCAGCAGAAAGAGCUUCUGCAGAGGAUCCAGGAGAGGAAGGAGAGGCUGGCUAAAGAGGCAGAGCAGAGGAAACGUGAGGAAGAGGCGCUGAAGAGGCAGGAGAAUGAGCAGGCGUUCAGAUCCUGGCUGCUGAAGAAGAGAGGGCAGCUUCAGGAGGAGAGGAGGAUCCUACAAGCCCAGGAGAUAGAGAGAAUGAGCUGUAAGAGGGACUCCAAUGACCCGGAGGAGGCCUUCAAGUCGUGGCUCCAGAGGAAGCGGGAGCAGCAGCAGAAGGAGAGGCAGCUGCUGGAGCUCAGGAAAGUGGAGGAGGAUAGCUAYCUGCUGCACAGCCGCCAGGAGUGUGAACACGCCUUCAAACUGUGGCUGAGGAGGAAGCGUGCGGAGAAGAGAGCGGAGCAGCAGGUGGCUCGAGAGCAGUCCCGUCGCUUUGUGCUGGAGGAGCGGCGCGCUCGGCGGAUCAAGGACCUGAUGUGUAUGGCCAACGACAGCGAACCCUUCAGGUUCACAGAACAGCUGGCUUAUCGUUUCUGAAGCGAGCAGGUCCAACUCUUCCUGUCGCUUCACAGGCCUCCCAUCAAACCGAAAUGACUUUUAUCAUUUUCAUCAGCUGAAACUCAAGACCAGCUGUAAAAUCUUAGUUCUGGUUUGUUUAUCAGAUUGGUUUGAUUUCUUGUUCUGUACUGUAAACUCAUAUUUUGAAAGACUAAAACAAAUAAAAAAAUAAGAAGUGCACCACAG